UGCCCCGACUUAAAACGACGUAGACCGCCAAGAAACGAACCAACCGGCAACCGCCGCCGCCGCCGCCUUCGAUUCGAUUCCGAUCGAGUUGGAGAAGGCCGCCGCUGCCCAAUGGCUCCGCUACCCUCGCCACCGCUGCUGGCCGAAUCGCUCGCGACGCUGCGCACAGCCUCGCCGUCGCCGCCCAUCCCCUGCUCUCCUCGCCGCACCCGGCCGUUGGUUUCAGCUAGGUUCGCAAGAACGGCCGGCCGCCGGAGCCGGAGCACGGGGGGAAGGAGAGACCUUAGGAGCUGUGCCUAUGCGGCGGAAGCUGAGUACGGCAGCGCGGAGGAUGAGGUCGCCGACGACUUCUACUCCGUUCUUGGCGUCAUGCCAGAUGCAACCCCUGAGGAAAUCAAGAAAGCAUACUACAGUUGCAUGAAAGCGUGCCAUCCCGACCUCAGUGGGGACAACCCCGAAGUAACAAACUUCUGCAUGUUCAUCAACGAGGUUUACACGGUGCUGAGUGAUCCGGUGCAGCGUGCAGUGUAUGAUGAAAUCCAUGGGUAUACAGCAACCGCGACCAACCCUUUCUUCGAUGACAGUGCACCCAAGGAUCAGGUGUUCGUUGAUGAGUUUACCUGCAUAGGAUGCAAAUAUUGUGCCAAUGUGUGCCCCAAUGUAUUUAGAAUCGAGGAGGAUUAUGGGAGGUCAAGAGUAUAUUCCCAAUCGGGUAGCACAGAGCUAAUUCAGGAGGCCAUUGAUAGUUGCCCAGUCAACUGUAUUCACUGGACUUCUGCUGCACAGCUUUCUCUCCUUGAGAAUGAAAUGCGGAGAAUAGAGCGGGUGAAUGUUGGGCUGAUGAGUGCUGGGAUGGGAGUUUCAGUUGAUGUAUUCCGAUUGGCUAGCGUGCGUUGGGAAAAGAGACAGUCAAAAGUUUUGGAAAAAAUUAGGACACGGAUGACAAACAAAAAGUAUUCAGAUAUAAGUAGUUCUUGGACUGAUAUCUGGGGAUCCCCAACUCGAUACCAAGGAAAUGAUUUGCUGAUGAUAUCAGAAGAAGAAGGAACAGAGAGAGCGAAGAGAGCAGCUGCUGCUGCUAGGAGAUGGCGAGAAUACUCGAGAAAAGGCGCAGACAGGCCACCGGAGUACAAACUUCCAGAGGCAGCGGGCAAUAAAGAAUGAAUUCCGGGGCAAAUUUCCUUUGGCAGUAGUCUGGUAACCCCCAGGCAUCGAUGAUGAACUGCAACAUCUGCCAAAGGACAACUUGCCCAGCAAUGCAGCUGCACAUCUCAUGGUCUCAACCUAUUUCUAUCCGUGUGCCACAUUUAGUUUCAUGUGUAGAGCGCACAGUUCACUGAUCAUUGUGCAGUGAUAUUUAUACUCGCUCCUGCAUGGUGAAAGGCAGCAAGGCUUUUUGCAGCUACACGGCCUUUCUCUGCUCCUCCUGCAAAGGCACACGGAGGCUGAUAGGAUAUACUGUAGGACAAUGCCUGCUCUCUAGAUUGUGCCCACUUACAGGAACAAAGUCUGAAAUGGAGAGAUCAUUGUAGUGCAUAUAUCUCCAAUCUUUUUAGGUCAUGGGGCUACUUCCCCGUUUAUUCUUAGCCUAGCUUCUUGCUGUCCAGACCAUGUAAAGUUAAGUAGCAUCAAAUAUCUGCUGAGAAAUCUAGCUCAAUCUGAUUUUCUCCA